AUGGAUAAACUUCACAGAUCUUUUGAGAAGAACAGGAAAAGUGUAACCCCAUCAUUCUGCCGGAAGACUCGUAAGCGUUAUCCUCCAGAUGUCAACGACUACGAAUUCAUUGAAAAAAUAGGUGAAGGAGCCCAUGGGCACGUCUACAAAGCAAAGUGCUUGACAACCAAUGAAACAGUAGCCAUAAAAUGCAUAGAUCUUGAGAAGAACAAGGACAGGAACUUAACUAGAAUUUCCCUGGAAUGCCAAACCCUAACACAACUAAACCACCCAAACAUUCUAAGUGCUCACUACUCUUUCGUGGUGGGAAAAUGGCUGUGCCUAGUUAUGCCAUACCUGUGGGCCGGAUCAGUCAGAUAUAUAUUAAAAACUUCAUUUAAAGAUGGAUUUGAGGAAUCUGUGGUUGCAACAAUCUUGAGAGAUGUAGUGAAGGCCUUGGUUUAUCUACACAAGUUGGGAUUCAUUCAUAGAGAUCUCAAGGCUGAUAAUAUUUUGGUCAACAACGGUGGUGUAGUAAAACUAGCUGAUUUUGGGCUUUCUGCAUUUGUGAAUGAGAAUGGGAAAUCCACCAAAAGAACUUCAAUUGUGGGUACACUUUGCUGGAUGGCACCAGAAGUUGCCUUCGUUGAUCAAUAUGAUAAGGAAGGAUAUGAUUUUAAGGCUGAUAUAUGGUCUCUUGGGAUCACUGCUAUUGAGCUUGCUUGUGGUGAGUCUCCUUACAUGAAGAAGGAUAGAGUGGAAGAAAUUGUUGAUGAUCUCCGCUCAGGGAAAAUUCCAGAGCUUCGUGGUGUAAAAUUCUCCAGAUCUUUUAAGGAUAUGGUGAGUAGAUGUCUUCAAGAAGAUCCCAAUGAAAGGCCUACUGCUGAGGAGCUUCUAGAGCAUAGAUUUUUUAAGUGUCAGGCUAAGACGGCUAACCAUAUUGUCAGAAAUGUGUUGCAGAAAAUUCCACCCAUUACAAGACCAAAGUCGAUAUGCAAGUUUGAGGGGCGGCCCAAUAAGUUUAAUGGCGAGCACUCUCUGUAUUCUAGCACCUGGGAUUUUGACGUAUAG